AUGCCCGGUGGCUCAUUUCUCCACUGCAGCCUCCCUGGGAUUUUGCCAGCCCUUUGCUUGCUCGCAUCUCUCCCCAUGCUCGCUCGCCCCUCGACAUCGGCGCAGGUCGGGGAACGAAGAUCGCCGGCGGCAGGUCCCAGCCAUGCACGGAGGGGGAUGAAGACUCUUAUUCUGUUGGACGUGGACAUCAGGGGUUCAGUGCGAAGCGUCAGUGAAAACUUUCUGUCCGUUCAGCUCGACCCGGCGGUGCUGCACAAUGGUUGGAUUGAUUUUUUAAGCUCCAGAAAGCUGGUAACGUUGGCCCGAGGGUUGUCCCCCGCCUUUCUCUGGUUCGGCGGGAAAAGGACGGACUUUCUGCAAUUCCAGAAUCAUCGAAAUCUGGCGAAGCACAGAGGCGAGCUGGGGCCCGAUUACUACCUCAAAAACUACGAAGACGACAUUGUCCGGAGCGACAUAGCCCUGGAUAAGCAGAAGGGGUGUAAAAUCGCGCAGCAUCCAGACAUUAUGCUGGAGUUACAGCGGGAGAAGGCAUCGCAGAUGCAGAUCGUCCUGACCAAGGAACAUAUCUCCAACACCUACAGCAACAUCACAAUAACAGGUAGGAAGGCCAGCGCGGGCCCCAGCUGCUCCUUGGACAAGGGGGUGUUGGGGGCUUCGCCGGUUAACGGCGGUCCAGGCUCUUGUUUCUACCCAGCCAGGUCUCUAGACAAACUCUACAACUUUGCCGAGUGCUCUGGAUUACACCUGAUUUUUGGCCUUAACGCCUUGCAGCGGAAUCCUGACAACUCCUGGAACGGAUCCAGCGGCCUCAGCCUCCUCAAGUACUGUGCGGGCAAGAAGUACAAUAUAUCCUGGGAGCUCGGGAACGAGCCCAACAGCUAUCGAUCAAUGGUGGGGAGGACUAUCAACGGGAGCCGGCUAGGGAAGGACUACCUUCAGCUCAAGAGCCUGCUUCAGUCCGUCCGCUUCUACACAAAAGCCAGCCUGUACGGGCCAAACAUAGGCCGACCCCGGAGGAACGCUGCAGGUCUACUGGAUGGGUUCAUGAAAACAGCAGGAACAGUGAUCAAUGCGGUGACAUGGCAACAUUAUUAUAUCGAUGACCAAAUGGUAAAGGUGACUGACUUUAUGAAGACCCGCCUCCUAGACACUCUCUCAGAUCAGAUCGCCAAGGUACAGAGGAUUGUGAAUUCUCAUGCACCGGGGAAAAAGGUCUGGCUUGCAGGGGUUGGACCAGCCUGGGCUGGAGGGACAACCAACCUUUCUGAUACGUAUGCUGCAGGGUUUCUCUGGUUAAAUACACUGGGAAUGUCGGCCAAACAGGGGAUGGAUGUGGUGUUUCGCAAUUCGUUCUUCGAUCACGGAUACAACCACCUGGUCGAUCAGAACUUCAACCCAUUGCCGGACUACUGGCUUUCUUUCCUCUACAAACGCUUGGUGGGAACCAAAGUUCUGAGGGUGCAUGUGGCAGGUCUCCAGCGGAGACCCAGGCCUGGUCGAGUCAUACGAGACAAGCUGAGGAUCUACGCCCACUGCACGCACUCCCGCAACUACAAUUACCUGCGGGGAUCGAUCACCAUUUAUAUCAUCAACCUGCAUAGAUCGAGGAAGAAAAUCAAGCUGGCCGGAGCAUUGAGAGACAAGACUGUCCACCAAUAUCUCUUCCAGCCUUAUGGAGAUCAGGGGCUAUUAGCCAAAUCGGUACAGCUCAAUGGUCGCCUGUUGUCGACGGUCGACGACGAGACACUUCCUGAUUUAAGGCCAAGAACUCUACGAGCUGGGAGGAUCGUGGUGAUCCCACCUCUCUCCAUCGGAUUCUACGUGGUAAAGAAUGCAAACGCUCCCUCCUGCAAGUUUCGGUAGCCGUGUGGCUGGGAGACUGAGACCCUACCUCUGUGUCCUGCAGUGAUGUUAAAACCAACAACACCAAAAAAAAAUCAGCAGCUGACUGUUUCCAUCCCUCCCGGAAGCUCAUCUGAACCCAAGACUUUGGAUUCCUCUCAAGACUGGCACCACAGCCUUUGCCCAGCCUUCCUCCUGUCGUUCGGAGUUGGUUCUGCUGGUUGAGUUCAGCUCACGUCCUCCAGAGCACUAACAUUCUCAGUGAUGCUGCAAGAUUGAAGGAACCGUUAUCAACAUGGCAUCAUUUGGACAAUGCCUCAGUCCACAGAUCUCCACUGAGGCUCAAGCAUCUUCAGUGUUCAAAUUCAAGUUUAUUGUCAUUACUCCAUACACAUGUAUACAGCUAAAUGAAACACUGUUCCUAAGGGGCCAAGGUGAAAAUAACAGUACAUAUAGUUACAAUCCAGUACGGACAAUCACAAAUAAUAUUAGCACAAGCCCCUGAGUGGCAGGGCCUGAAGAUUGAUGGUGCAUGGGAAGUUGUCCUGGAGCCACGUUUCUGUAAGAAAAAGCACGUAGCAGUUCCUCAUCUCGUGCUGGGUCAGUUGUAGACAAAUAGUAGUCAGCUUGUCUUCCAGAGAGCGAACAUCAGAGAGCAGAUUAGCCUUUAACCCAGCAUGGAUUCCAGCGUGCUUGCUGCACUUCUGUUUUCUCAAACACUUUUUCCAAUGCCUCCUCUACGGGGUGGCUGUAACAGGUGAACCCACAGUAUGAGGGCAUGGUCCAUGCAAUAACCCAAGUCUACGCAGCUCCUUUGCCGUCAGUCUUGCUAAUGAACUGGACUUACAAAAUUUUGUAUUACUAAUGUCCAAUGGGGUCAUUCGAAUGUAGGAACAACAUUUAAGGCAAGCAGUUACACCUUUUGUUGGACCCAGAGAGGCCUCUAUGAAUAAGCACACCACAUCUUACUGAACUACAGGAAGAGUUAGUUAUCGUCCCGGUAACUCAAAUCUAAACUUGCCUGGAAUCUCAUCCAAGCAUGCAAAUGGUCGGUCCGUGUGAACGGAAUAAAUCUGCAGGUGUCUGAUCAGCUUCUAUUAGCCAUCCUGAUGAUUUCAUGGGUCCAGGUGUUUGACCAGCAUUUAUUGAUCCUCCCUUAACGUCCCCGAAUGAAGAAGCCUAAUAGGUCGUUUCACAGGGGAGCUACCUGAAGCUUGUACCAUCCAAUCCUGUGAUAAGGAGAGGAAGAAGAACCCUCCUGCCCACUGACCAGUGUUGAAGCAUUAGCGCAAAAGGUGACUGACCCAGGCAGGGGCGUAACUGAUGGUCACUUACCCUUGGCUCAGAUACAGAGGGUGGAUGCCCCGUUGUUAUCAGCAAACCCCGUUUGCAAAUGGAGGCAGCUGAUGGCACAGAUUUGAAAUCAUUGACUUAAACACACACACACAUUGUCCAAUCAUCCAUCCAGUAGCUUGACCAGAUCCAGGGUCGUCAACCAUCCCUCUUCCUCCACACAUGUCGCCUGAUCCACUGAGUUUUUAAUUUUUCUUUAUUUAUUUAGAGACACAACGCAGUAAGAGGCCUUCUGACCCAGCGAGCCCAAUUACAUCCACAUGACCAAUUAACCUACUGGCCCCUAUGUCUUUGGAAUGUGGGAGGAAACCAGAGCACUUGGAGGAAAUGUAUGUGGUCACGGGGAGAAAGUACCCUUUCAGGUAGUGGCAGGAAUUGUAACAGUGUUACGCCAAUCACUGCUCUACUGUAUCCAGAUUCCAACUUCUCUUGUGUCUCUGUCCAAUAGUUUAUAUUUGCCUGUAAUGACUUGCAAGUUAAUGCAGUACGGGAAGAGAUAAAUGUGCUCCAUUGAGCUGAUGUAAAAGCUCUCCUUUUUCAAGAACUCUGAUAAUCUGAUAUCCAAUUGAUCAACAAUCCCAAAGGCACAAGAAGUCGCAGAUGCUGGAAUCUGGACCAGCAAACAAUCUGCUGGAGGAAUUCAGCAGUUCAGGCAGCAUAUGUGGGUCUGCUGGUGGAAAGAAUGAUCAGUAUUUUGAGUCAAUGCCCUACAUUAGGGCUGAGGACGGAGAGGGGGAAUAAUCAGUACUAAAGAGAAGAGAGAGAGGUUUGAGACAGGGUCUGGAAGAUGGUAGGUGGCCGAGGUGGGGUGAUAGGAUGAUGUGGGGCAUGGUAGCAAAGUGGUUAGCAUAACGCUUUACGAUGCCAAUAAGAGUGGCUCAAUUCCUGCUUCUGUCUGUAAGGAGUCUGAAUGAUUUCCCUGUGACUACAUGGGUCUCGGCCCAAAAUGUCGACUGUACCUCUUCUGAUGCUGCCUGGCCUGCGCUGUCUGUAAGAAGUCUGCACGAUUUCCCUGUGACUACAUGGGUUUUCUUGGGUUUCCUUUCACAUCCCAACGUGAUACAGUUAGGGUUAGUAAGCUGUGGGCACAAUAUGUUGGCAUUGCAAGCAUGGCAAUGCUUGAGGGCUGUCCCCAGCACAUCCACAGACUGGCGCAAAUGACACAUUUCACUGUAUGUUU